UGUGAGGGUACCAAACAAUUACCACCUAUUAAAGUUAAUGUCUCUUCUCUUUGCCCUCCACCCCCCAGCCCUCAUGUCUAUUGGGUGCAGUAGCUUGCGGCGUCUCCACUUUCAUACGCAUAUGUUGUCCUCUGCUCUUCCCCAAUUCGAUCGUUUCAUUUGCACGAAUACCGCUAUCCCCUUGCCUUCAAACUCAGAAACAAACCCCACUCCGCCCCUCUGUCUUCUCGCUGACCAUAUUCCCAAAUCCACUGUCUCGGACCUCAUAGCAAAGCAGCACUGGUCCAAACUCAGAAACUUGAUUAAACCCACCGACCCGACAGACUUCCUCCAACAGCUAUUCGAAUCCGGGUUUAAUUCGGACGCCAUUCUCGCCUUCUUCAAAUGGUCCCAGACAGCGUAUCACAUUUCUUACCCUCCUCAAUUUUUGUGCAGAUUGUUAGUUUUGCUUGCACAGGAAAAGAGGUAUCCCAAGAUUCGAUCUUUGCUGCACUCAUCUGUUAAAGAUGGAAAAAUCCAGUCGGUUUCAUUCUUUUUUCAUGCAUUGUUGACUUGUAGUAAUAACCACUAUGCUAACUCUAUCAUUGUUGAUAUGCUGAUAUUGGGUUUUGUUAAUAAUUUGAAACUCGAUUUUGCUCUGGACGCGUUUAAGCGGGCUGGUGAUUAUGGGUUUAGGUUGUCUGUGAAUUCGUGUAAUCCGCUUUUGGUUUUGUUGUUAAAGGAGAAUAAAACUGGGGAAAUGGAGUUUAUGUACAAGGAGAUGAUUAGGAGGAGGAUUGGGCUUAAUCUGUUCACAUUUAAUGAGGUGGUAAAUGGGUUGUGUAAGGCAGGGAAGUUGAAUAAGGCUAAGGAUGUUUUGGAAGACAUGAAGGUCAGGGGAGUGAUGCCGAAUGUGGUUACUUAUAAUACAUUAAUACAUGGGUAUUGUAAGAGGGGAGGAGCUGCGAAGAUGUACAAAGCGGAUGCGGUUCUAAAGGAAAUGGUGGAAAAGGGGAUACACCCAAGUGAGAUAACGUAUAACACUCUUAUUGAUGGAUUCUGUAAGGAUAAUAACAUUAAGGCGGCCUUAAAGAUUUUUCGUGAGAUGCAAGGGCAUGGGACAAGGCCAGACAUCGUGACAUACAACUCAUUGAUUAAUGGGCUUUGUGGGGAUGGAAGAGUUUGUGAGGCUCUUGGUUUACAGGCAGAAAUGGUGAGGUUAGGUUUGCGGGCAAAUGUUGUUACUUAUAAUGCCCUUAUAAAUGGAUUUUCCAAAAACAAGCUAUUGAUGGAGGCUAGGGAGUUGUUUGAUGAUAUAUUGAAGCGGGGAUUAGUUGUAAAUGUACUGACUUUUAACUCUAUGAUUGAUGCAUAUUGUAAGGCAGGGAAAAUGGAAGAAGCAAUAUCACUUCUUGACUUAAUGCUUAGCAAAAUGAUUCAACCUAAUGUUUCCACCUAUAAUUGCUUAAUAGGUGGCUAUUAUCGGGAGGGAAAUGUUGAAACAGCUAGAAAGUUGCUGGAUGAGAUGGUGGAGAAAGGAUUGAAAGCUGAUCUUGUAACCUAUAAUAUACAGAUUGAUGCAAUGUGCAAGAGGGGUGAAUCAAGAAAAGCCGUUCGCUUUCUUGAUGAGAUCUCUGAGAAGGGCUUGAUUCCAAGUCAUGUAACAUACAAUAAAUUGAUGGCUGGUUAUUGCCAAGAAGGAAAUCCCAGGGCAGCUGCUACUGUUAGGCGAAGAAUGGAAAGAGAAGGAAAGCAGCCAAAUGUUGCAACAUUCAAUGUACUAAUUAAGGGAUUUUGCUCUAAAGGUAAGCUGGAAGAAGCAAAUGUGCUUUUGAAUGAGAUGCUAGAGAAAGGGUUGGCACCUAAUCGAACAACCUAUGACAUAAUCAAUGAAGAGAUGAUUGAGAAAGGAUUUGUACCUGAUAUAGAUGUACAUCUGUAAAAUGAGGGAGACUAGAACUUAUGUAAUCAAAAAACUGAAUUGGUUUGAUGUUGUUUCUGUUGAUGGAGCCUCUUAGAGCUGAUGAAUAUGAAGUUCACCACCAAUUGAAUUCUUUUCUGGCCAAUGUGUUGAAUUUCCUUCUGUGAUAUUUCACAAGAGUUGAGCAAAAUGAUGGUCUACCCUCUGCGUCUUGUUUCGCAAUCGAUGCCACUCAGACUGAAUCUCUCGCCAAUCCUCUAAAGUCUGUACCUCAAGUAACCUGAAGAACGCCGAAAACCCAAAGGUAAGUUUACAGGUAGAUGGUGAUAAAUUGACACAAAUUGAGUAUUGCUGCAUAGAGGGUUAAUGGGUUUGAGUUCGUAGUAGUUGUGAAUGCCUGCUAGUGGAUCACUUAAAUUCCCUGCCAAUGAACUCAUUGCUGUUACAUUGAUGUUUGGUGCCCACCACUGACUCUAUCCUUUCAAUGGCUCUUGAAAUGGUUCUUUUGAGCCGAUUUAGCUUAUACGCAAAGCCAGAAUGUGCAUUCUUUUAUGCUACAUGCGAUCGUGCCCCUAGCAAUGGGAAGUUUUUCUUCAUCGCCGAUGUGGAAAGGGCGUCGCCAGCAUGCUUUUAAUAGAAUUAUUCAUUUUGUUUUCCUUGAGUUGUAAAUCAAAGAAAAUAUGUAUACCUUCCAAUUCCAUAACCUUGUUAUAUGGAAUAGGAAACCUUUUUACCUCAAAGCACAAUGCACACACCUGUUUGCAAUUUUGCAAACACUAAUGGUAGGUGAUAUGCACACACCUGUUUGCAAUUUUGCAAACACUAAUGGUAGGUGAUAUGCAUACUAAAAAACGUGUAUAAUUAGGAAGGUUUUAUUAUGUAAAAAUUGAAACGUUGCACACAUUGUUAUACUAAAAUGCAUUAUAGUAA